AUGGGAUUCGAUCACCACAUCUCCGCUUCGACGCCUCCGUCCCUCGCGCACCGGCUCCGCUCCUCGAUCUACUUGUCCUGCUGCUUCGCCGGCGGUGGUUCGGGCGGCGACGGAGAGGACGGUCGGUCCCCCGUGCUCAUUCGGGUGUCCGCCGCCUGGAUCCGGCGCAAGGCGCAGGAGCUUCUCAAGGUCGGAGGGAAAUGCCGGAGCCUGGUGUCUCGGAUCAAGCGGCGCCAUCGCUCCCACCGCCACUUUGGCUAUGAUCCCCUCAGCUACGCUCUCAAUUUCGACGAGGGGCACGACAGCGACGAGGGCUCAGGCGGCAGAGGCGAGUUCCUGCCCCGGGGCUUCUUGUCCCGCCUUCCGCCCUCACCUUUGCACCCUGUGUCCGCCGGAGUCGUCGAUGCCUAA